UUGGGCACCAGUACCCUCCCUUCUUCCACUCUCUGUUUAGGUUGCCUCUGAGCAUGGGCAGAGUGCCUCCUUGAGUGUCUACUAAACACAAUGCAAAAACCAAUGGAUCCUCUUGUACUGCAUUGCAAAAAGCACUUUAAUGGGCCACUCCACACUCAAAGUCUCCCACAUAGUUUGAUACUCAUUGUCCCCAAAGAGAUCAUGGCGGACAACGCAUAGCGCCACUUAGAGGCUGCACAUAGGUGUCUCUUUCCUGCCGCCUGUGGCUCACCAUGCCUUUCCUCUUUUCGCAGGAACAUCUCUUCCGCAUCAACAUGUUGGGUUUGGCGGUUGACCGGGAGCGCAUGGAAAGCCUGCAGGAGGACAUCAUCGACCUGCAGGGGAUGGUGGUGACCGUCUUCUCCCAAGCCGGCGCCGUGCACUACCCUUCCUGGAAGUUCCCCGACAAGGCCUCCUGCGACCUGGAUUUGGUGCCUUUGCUGGACCGCUACGGUUUUGCGGAGGACAACCCCGAACUCACCACACGUUCCCACAUCGUCCUCCUGGAGCUCAUCAUCGACAGGUUGCUGCUGUUGCUCCAGAGCUUCACAGUGUACGCAGGGAGCUUGGUCCACGAGGAAGCCACGUCGCCAUCAUCCGCCACUACAGGGCCUUCCAUGUCAAUUGGGAUGGCGGCACGGACGUACUGGGAGAGCAUGGUGAAACUGGGCGCUUUUUACCAGCAGCUGGCGAAGGAGAAAAAGGGCUGCGAAGAUGGAGCUCCCAACCCGUCCCGGACAGAGGACACACGCGUGAAAAGCUCUUGCUUCGAGCGUUCAGAGUCAGAUGUGACCAUACCGGGUCUCCAGGCUUCCUCGCUGGCCUCGUCUGCCGGCAGUGGGCUACUCCAUGGUGAUCGCACUGAGCGCUCCGAGGCCAAGUCCACCCCUGGACCUUCCCCGGCGCCUUGCGACACCUGCGAGAAGGCCCAGCUUAGCCUCCGGGAAGCGGGCCACGCCAUCAUCGGCAUGUGCACCAGCCAGAACCUCCCAUCGUCUCUGGGCAAGUUCCUGGGGACCCUGGGGGAGACCCUUGAACACAGACCCCUGACCGCCAUGGACAUCAGCUACUGGGCCUCCGAGCAGAACAAGGAUCUCUCCCGGAUCCGCAAACACCUCCGGACGCUGACGGAGCUCAUCGGCCCUUUGAAGGAGGAGCUGGAAGCAUCCCGGGAGCAGGAGGAGGAGAUGAGGAGGCGGAUCGAGGCCUUCGAAGGCCGUCUCCAGAAGGAGAAGGAGGCACAGGAGGAACAGAGGAAGCAGGCAGGGCUGCUGUUUGAGCAGAGGCACCAGGAGAUCCUGCAGACGGUGGCGCAGCUGGAGAAGGAGAAGGAGGACCUCCAGGACAGUGAGUAGAGCCUCUCACUUUGCACAGUGAUAAUCCACUGCUAUGUCUUUGAAUCCUCCCUCUUCCAGACAGCUGUCUGGACACCUGGGCCAAGGUGGCUGGGUUGAUGGGAACUGGAGUCCUACAGCACCCAUGGGCCACCAGUUUCCACCUUCUGUGUUCCCUGCUUCGGUAGCUAUGUACCUCUUGGCUUGAAUCAAGAUUCA